CCGGGGCGCGACAUUUUCAACGACGCCUUCGCCACCACGGUAAAAAGCUUGAUGGGCGUCUGUCUUAUCUCCUGGUCGCUCCCCCUCCCAGUGCUCGCCGCCUCGGUCGGAAAGAGGAGGAGGACGCGUGAGCUUUUCUCUCCUCCCCUCGCCUCCGCGAACAAAUGGGAUAUUCACGGUAAAGGGGCACCGGGGUGUGUUUUUGGGUGGGGGAAAGGCAGGCGCUUUAUACAGGUGGCCUCGAACGAAUCCCCACGCUGAAGGGGCCGAAGCGGGAGAGGAAGAUGCGAGUCGCGGCCGCCGCAGCCACGCGCUCUUUGGCCCUGGGAUUCCUCCUUCUGGCGGCCGUUCAGCCCUCCAACAAUCGGCAGCAGCUGCAAAGACCGAGGGCUUUUAAAUGUGGUGGUAUUCUAACUGGAGUAUCAGGGUUUAUUGGAAGUGAAGGAUUCCCAGGGGUCUACCCUCCAAACAGCAAGUGUACCUGGAAAAUCACAGUUCCUGAAGGGAAAGUUGUUGUUCUUUCUUUUAGAUUCAUAGACCUGGAAAGUGACAAUUUAUGUCGAUAUGACUUUGUGGAUGUAUAUAAUGGCCAUGUCAACGGGCAGCGUCUUGGCCGGUUCUGUGGCACUUUCAGGCCUGGUGCUCUUGUAGCCAAUAGUAAUAAGAUGUUGGUGCAAAUGAUUUCAGAUGCCAAUACAGCUGGAAAUGGCUUUGUUGCAAAGUAUUCUGCAGCAGAGCCACAUGAAAGAGGAGACCAGUACUGUGGUGGACAACUAGAUAAACCAGCUGGAUCUUUUAAAACUCCUAACUGGCCUGAUCGUGAUUACCCAGCAGGGGUGACCUGUUCCUGGCACAUUGUGGCUCCAAAGAACCAGGUCAUAGAAUUAAAGUUUGAAAAAUUUGAUCUGGAACGAGAUAAUUAUUGCAGGUAUGACUAUGUGGCAGUGUUUAAUGGUGGCAAGAUUAAUGAUGCCAGGAGAAUUGGGAAAUACUGCGGAGACAGCCCACCAGCGCCUAUUAUAUCUGAAAAAAAUGAGUUGCUUAUUCAAUUUUUGUCUGAUUUAAGUUUAACUGCUGAUGGAUUUAUUAGUCAUUAUAAAUUCAGACCCAAAAGAUUACCAACAACCACAUCACCAAUUACCACCACAACUCUUCCUACUAUUACAGCCUUGAAACCUACAGUCAGCCUGUGCCAGCAAAAAUGCAAAAGGAGUGGAACUCUUGAGAGCAAUUACUGUUCGAGUAAUUUUGUAAUAACUGGAUCUGUUAUCACAACCAACAUCAGAAGUGGAAGUUUAUAUGCAACUGUAUCAAUCCUUAAUGUAUACAAAGAAGGAAAUUUAGCAAUUCAGCAAGCAGGGAAAAAUCUGAGUGCCAAGAUUAUUGUUGUCUGUAAGCAAUGUCCUGUUAUCAGAAGAGGUCUAAACUAUGUCAUCAUGGGCCAGGUAGAAGAAGAUGGCAGAGGUAAACUCCUGCCUAGCAGUUUUACUAUGAGUUUCAAGACUAAGAACCAAAAAAUCCUGAAUGCCUUAAAAAACAAAAGGUGCUGAUAUAAGACUUUUUGAAGCGAUCUGUUAUCUUUUUUAAAAAAAAAUCUUAAUAUAGACAAAAUUUGCACUUUCCAAAUUGGUAUAUUUUCUGGAUUUUAUAGCGAUAUAAUCCUAACUGAUUUGUUGAUUUGUGUUGCAAGUAAAGAAAAAAUGUAUUUCAAACCUUUUAGCAACUUGAAAGAACUCAUUUCUACUAUACUGAAACUCUUAAUUACACUAGAUUAUUGAUGUUACAAAUGCAAAAUGUAUAAUUAAUUUUAAAUUUAGGUUUUCAGUUUCAUUAUAUUAUCAAUCAUGAAAACAUUUUUAUUAACUAAAAAACUAACUCUUAUGUGCUUUUCAAGCUUAUUGCUAAUAUUUCCUACAGUAGGAUUUUGAUGUAAGAGCCUGCAAUAAGGAAAGAAAAUCAUGUUUGGAUCCACUGUAUUUACAAGUGGGAAGAGUAAAAAGACUAAAAAUCCUAAGAUAUUACCCAAAGGCACACAGUUAUGAGGCAGAAGAACAGUAUUGUUUUUUAUGAAUAGAAUUUUUCCAAACAGUGGAAGGGAUACUUUCAUCUUCUUUCAUCUACACUGAAUCCAUAUUUUGAACCUGAUUUUCAUCAUAUUGCUUUAAAUGUUAAAUGUGCAGAUUUGAUUUUUUAAAAAAUCUACUCUGGCUUUGCAUGGCUCAAGAUUAUAGAAUGGCUCUAGAAUCAUCAGAAGAUUCUGAUUCAAAUAUACUUUGGACCCGAACUUCAAGUAAAAUUUUUAAUAAGAUAGUACAACUCUGCAGGACACUUAUUCUUACAGUUUCUAAUCCAUAAAACUAAGUCAAUUAAAAAGAACCAGCUUGGCCAAUGAAAAUUUUAUUGAGGUUUGCCAAAUGAUUCGCCUAUUCAUUUUGGAUGCUAGUUGUACUGUGUUAAAUUUAUAGCUCAAAAAGAUAACAUUAAAUGCAUAAUUCUAAUCUCAUUACUUUUGAAUCUGAAUAUUUCAAAUUCCAGGAUGCUUAAACAUGAACCAUAUUAUGUUGGACAAAUCAAGAUCUUAGUGUAUCAUAUUUUGAUAUUAUUUUUAAAUGCUAUUCCUGAAUUAUCUUGCUCACAUAAUAGAUGCAAAUAAAAUACAUCAAUGCCAAAGGCUUUGAAUUAAGGCAGAUUACAAUCAGUCCCUGUGGAGUUGGCUCCAUAAAUCCAAAAUUAUCAGAUGAAGUUGUGCCAUAUUUGAUUUGCCAUAUUGUAAAGUAUUUUGAUUGAUUUUUUAUUUUGCUUUUUGAGUGAUCUAUUCCAGUAUUGUACUUUUGAAGAACAAUUUUGUUAAAAGAUUUUUUUCUUUAUCAGGUGUUAUUUUAUUUUAUUGUUAAACAGAUUUUCUGGGACUAGAAAACAGAAUAUAUUCAGAUUAUAGAUCCUGAACAAUUUGUUUGUAAAUUCUCUUUUAAAAGUAAUACAAAGUACCAAAAGAAAACCGUGUACUAGGUUCACUUCAUUUAUGUGAUAUUUCUUGCCAUUAUGUUUCUGCUAAUUGAUGAAAGCAAAUUAUUUAUGGUUUUAACUGAAUGGAAGAAAAUAAGAGAAAAAAUAGGAAAAAUAAUAAUAUCAGAAAACAGCUUUUGUUUUUCUAUAAUUACACUGUUUCUAAGUAAUAUAGCUUUUUAUGAUAUUCAUAACAAUAAAAUGAAUGAUUUUUCUGAGAAUAAAGUU